AUGUCCCGAAGGAAGCAGAGCAACCCCAGGCAGAUCAAGCGUCCUCUGGAGGAUGGCCUGGAGGAAGAGGAGGAGGAGUGCGUCUCCGAAGGGAACGAACUCCUGACCAAAGAUGAGUUCUCGGCUGACUUUGAGGCGGAGAACAUCGCUUGUGAAGACAUGGAGUACUUCUGCAGCAAAGGAGAGGAAGAUGGCAACCGAGAAGCAGGGGACUCGGAGAUGGAGCCGAGCGAGAAGAGCCGACAGGCUGCAGUGGGUCCAGAUGAAUUCGACGGGCCAAGAGAGUUGGAUGCAUUUUUGAAAGAUGGAGAAAGGAGGAUCCACAGCAGGCAGCAGCUCCCCGUGGGCACAACGUGGGGGCCAUUUGAGGGCAAGAUUGAGAUGAACACAGACACCAAUGCACUGAAGACCAAGAGCACGGUCCCGGUGGUGCUGAGCGCCGGCCCCAGGUGGCUGCUGGAUGUGACUUGGCAGGGAGCAGAAGACAACAAAAACAACUGUGUGGUGUACAGCAAAGGUGGCCAGCUGUGGUGCACCACCACUAAGAACAUGAUGGAGGGCGAGGAGCUGGUGGCCUUUGCAGUGGACUUUGACUCCCGUCUGCAGGCGGUGAACCACAUGUCUCUGAGUGAGGGCAUGUACCCAGCCCGACUCUUGGACAGUAUCCAGCUCCUGCCGCAGCAGGCUGCCAUGGCCUCCAUCCUGCCCACUGCCAUCGUCAACAAGGACAUCUUCCCCUGUAAAGCCUGUGGAAUCUGGUUUCGGAGUGAGAGGAACUUACAAGCCCAUCUGAUGUACUACUGUAGCGGGCGACAGAGAGAGCCUGAGACGGUGGUGGAGGACAGUGACACUGGGCCACACCAGACCCCCAGCGCCUGUCCUUUUCCUCAGUGCACCAAGAGCUUCUCUGGAGCUCGUGCCCUGGAAAUGCACUUGAGCACUGCACACACCGGUGUCAAAAUGGAAGAGAGCCUCCCUCCUGGCACCAGCUUGAAAUGCACAAUCUGUAACUACACGGCAGAUUCUCUUAUUACAUUCCAGCAUCACAUCAUGUCUCACCUGUCACAGGCGGCCUUCAGAUGCAAUCACUGCCAUAUCAGCUUCCAGAGCCACAGGGAACUCUUACAGCAUCAGGACUUACACGGGCAUGGCAGCAAACUUCACAGAGAAGGAGAUGGUACUGAGCUCUCCCCCAGGGGGCCGGAGGAGAGCCUGCAGCAGGCCCGUGCAGAUCUGAACAGGAAGGACGCUCUGCUAGGAAGUCCCAAAGGGGGCCUCAACAAGGAGGCCAGCACCGACGGGGAGACGGACAAAGCUGAGAAGAAACCUAUGCUCUCUGCUCAGAAGGGAGAGGCCCACCCUGGCAGCAAGGCCAGUUUUUCUUACACUCGGAUUAAAUCUGAGCCCUCCAGCCCCCGCUUGGCCUCCUCCCCUGUGCAGCAUAACAUGCCUACAUUUCCCAUGGGUCCUUUCUUGUCUCAGUUUGCUUUCUCUCAAGACAUUUCAGUUGUCCCACAGGCUUCAGAAAUUCUGGCAAAAAUGUCAGAGUUAGUUCACCGGAGGCUACGCCAUGGCGGGAACAGCUACCCCCCUGUCAUCUAUAGCCCUCUUAUGCCCAAAGGGGCCACCUGUUUCGAAUGCAAUAUCACUUUCAGUAACCUGGACAACUAUUUGGUUCACAAAAAGCACUACUGUAACACCCGCUGGCAGCACAUGACAAAGUCUCCGGACUUUUCUGCCUUGUCUGAUAAGAUCCCUGAGGCUGUGAGCCCCAACAGUGGACACAGUUCUGUUGGCAUGUUAGCAGGCUGCCACCCAACCGAAGCUGACAGCCAUCUGAUGCAGUCUGCAUGUCUAAACACCAAUGUCCUGGACAUGAUCAAUGCAGGGAAAGGAGUGGAUAAGGAUCUAGCUGGACAAGUGAAGAAGGUCUCCACUCCGACAGGGACAGAGGACAGGCUCAAUGGGAAACCAUUGGAGGGAAAAAGCCCAACUACAGGUUUGGUGGAAAGUGACAAUGACCCAAACAAGACCACGUGUGAAGCCUGCAAUAUCACUUUCAGUCGUCAUGAGACCUUCAUGGUCCAUAAGCAGUACUACUGUGCCACACGUCAUGAUCCCCCCAUGAAACGCAUGUCUGCUAACAAGGUUCCAUCAAUGCAGAGGACCAUGAGAACGCGCAAACGCCGAAAAAUGUAUGAGAUGUGUCUCCCUGAUCAGGAGCACACAAGGCCUCCAUUAGGACAACCAGGUUUCCUGGGGGUUCCUCCAAUUAACCCUUGUACGUCCCAAGAUGCAGUAGACAACAUCACAGACCGGUUUCACCCACGCUGUGACCUGUUCACCAGCAUGGUCCCCAAACAUCUGGAGGCCUCUCUGACUGUCACUAAACCUAUUCUUUCUGUCAAAAGCAGUACAACAGAGCAGCAGGAAAUAGAUGCUCCAAUUGAUCUGAGCAAAAAGUGUUCGCCAGGUUCUGAUAAAACAUGCAUCUCCCCAAAAAGACUCUUGGACUAUCAUGAAUGUGCAGUUUGCAAGAUAAGUUUUAACAAAGUGGAAAACUACCUGGCGCACAAACAAAACUUCUGUCCUGCUGGAGCUCAGCCACAACCGCUACAGCCACAGGCGCACAAUGAGACAGGCAGCCUUGACACAACUUUAUUUCCAGAUGUAAAGAGUGAAUCCACAAACAAUCCUGAUGAAACAUUUGAUAAGAGCCCAGGCAAAUGUGAGAAGAAUGGCAAUGGAAAGGUGCUGGUGCAGAAUGGAGGCAUGUUCCCCCCUCACUUGGGACCUGUCCCGGGACUCAAGCCUUUUGCUGAGCCACAGCUCAUUCCUUCAAAGGAUGAGAAGAAUGUUUUUCUGCCCCACUGCCUUUAUCCUGGAGCAAUAAAAAAAGCUAAAGGUCCGGAGCAAAUAUCCCCUUAUUUUGGAAUAAAGCCCACUGACUAUGGGUCUGCAGGGGGAGCAGGGCAGGCUGAGCUCAUGGAGCAGGAGCAGAGUGUGAACGGGGGCGGUGCUACAGUUGGAGGGGACACAGGAACAACCCCGCAACAACCUGCCACCAACGGCUGCCCCCACCCUGGCAAAGAGCCCCUUCCUCUUACGCCCAAAAACCGCAGCAUGGUCAUUGUCAACGGGGGACACAAGCCAGAGGACUGUACAGACAACACUCCUCCACAGCAGGAGAACCAGCCUCAGCCUGAGGGCCAGCCCCCCAGUGCCUCUCCCACGUGGGCGAGUGAGAACCAGAGCGACACCAACGAGAACAUGUCCCCCUCCGCCAAGUCCCCGCGUGAGGAGGCAGCGCCGGCCGUUAAUAAAGGCGUUAAUGGAGCUGGGAGUGGAAAGUACUGCCGCCUCUGUGACAUCCAGUUCAACAAUCUGUCAAACUUUAUAACUCAUAAGAAGUUUUACUGUUCCUCACAUGCGGCAGAGCAUGUAAAAUAA